AUGGAUAUCGCUGAACAGGCUCUUCGUUCCAAUCUUGUCAAGGAUUCGGUCGGCGAACGCUGUCAAAAAUUGUUUCAGGAUUUUCUUGACGAGUUUUCUGUUAAUGGAGAGAGCAAAUACCUGACAGGUGUUCAAGAUCUGAUUCGACCAGAACGCAACACUCUCACUGUCAGUUUUGAGGACAUCGAAGCUUACAACCAGCAGUUGGCAACAACUAUACUAGAAGAGUAUUACAGGGUGUAUCCCUUUCUGUGCCGUGCAGUCCGCAAUUAUGCCAAAGACUGGGGACAGAUUCCGUCAGGCAAGGAGUUUUAUCUCAGCCUCAUUGAUGUGCCAACCAAGCUCAAAGUCCGUGAGAUGACAACAGUGAAAAUAGGGUCACUUUUAAGAAUAACUGGACAAGUGGUGCGAACACACCCGGUCCACCCGGAACUGGUGAGUGGCACUUUCAUGUGCCUAGACUGCCGGACGGUCAUCAAAGAUGUGGAGCAGCAGUUUAAAUACACGCAGCCAACCAUCUGUCGCAAUCCUGUGUGUGCCAACCGCUCUAGGUUCAUGCUGGAUGUCAACCAUUCCAGAUUUGUAGAUUUCCAGAAAGUUCGAAUUCAAGAAACCCAGGCAGAGCUGCCACGAGGAAGCAUUCCGAGAAGUGUGGAAGUCAUUUUAAGAGCGGAAGCCGUUGAGACAGCCCAGGCUGGAGACAGAUGUGACUUCACCGGCACUCUGAUUGUGGUUCCUGAUGUGGGCUCUAUGUCCAUGCCAGGCGCCCAAGCUGAGACAUCCGCCAAGGUCAACCGUGGUAAUGAAGGUUACGAGACAGAAGGUGUGCGGGGAUUAAAGACUUUGGGUGUAAGAGAUCUCACCUACAGGCUGGCCUUUCUGGCGUGUACAGUGACACCAAGCAACUCCAAGUUUGGUGGGCAGUCAUUCCGGGAAGAAGGCAUGACUGCUGAGUCCAUCAAGAAACGCAUGAGUGAUGAAGAAUGGCAGACAGUCUACGACAUGAGCCAGGAUAAAAACUUGUAUCAGAACUUGUGUUCCAGUCUGUUCCCCACCAUUCAUGGAAAUGAUGAAAUCAAACGAGGAAUACUCUUGAUGCUGUUUGGUGGUGUUCCAAAAGUCACACUGGAAAGGACAAAUCUCCGCGGUGACAUUAACAUCUGCAUUGUGGGUGAUCCAAGUACAGCCAAGUCACAGUUCUUGAAACAGGUGGAAGAGUUCAGUCCCCGAGCUGUCUACACCAGUGGAAAGGCCAGCAGUGCCGCAGGUCUGACGGCAGCCGUUGUCAGGGAUGAAGAGUCCCACGAGUUUGUGAUUGAAGCUGGAGCUCUGAUGCUGGCUGACAACGGCGUCUGCUGCAUUGAUGAGUUUGACAAGAUGGAUCCUCAUGACCAGGUGGCCAUCCACGAGGCCAUGGAGCAGCAGACUAUUUCCAUCACCAAGGCUGGAGUCCGGGCAACGCUAAAUGCCAGAACAUCCAUCUUGGCUGCAGCUAAUCCGGUCGGCGGUCGCUACGACAGGUCCAAAUCUCUGAAACAUAACAUCAAUAUGAGUGCUCCUAUUAUGUCCAGAUUUGAUCUGUUCUUUAUCUUGGUGGACGAGUGCAAUGAGGUGACAGAUUACGCAAUUGCUCGUCGCAUUGUAGACCUUCACAGUCGAGCAGAUGAGUCGGUGGACAGAUUUUAUUCCGUGGAGGACAUUUGUCGCUACAUUAUGUUUGCCAGGCAGUUUAAACCGAAGAUCAGUGCUGAAGCUCGGGACUUCAUGGUUGAAGAAUAUAAACGUCUCCGUCAGAGAGAUAGUUCAGGGGCAGGGUCGUCGUCAUGGAGAAUCACAGUUCGACAGUUGGAGAGUAUGAUUCGUCUCUCAGAAGCCAUGUCACGCAUGCAUUGCCAGGAUGAAGUAAGGCCUGGACAUGUCAAGGAAGCAUUUCGACUCUUGAACAAGUCAAUCAUUCGGGUGGAGCAGCCUGACAUUGAGUUAGAGGAUGAUGUCGUUGCACCAGAACAAAUGGAAGUUGAUGAAAAUACAGCACCGGAUCAGUCCCCAGAUGCUUGUGAAGAUUCUAAAGGCUCCCCACUGAAACAACCAGAGCCUGUGGCUGUGCCAGGCAAGCCUGCUCUGAGACUGUCAUACGAGGACUACAAACACAUGGCCAACUUAAUCGUGCUGCACAUGAGGAAGCAAGAAGAGGAGGCUGGGGAAGAUGAGAGUGGCUUGAGGAAGAGCGAAGUCAUUGGCUGGUAUUUGACAGAGAUUCAGGACGAGCUGCACUCAGAAGAGCAACUUAUUGAGAAACGAACAGUUGUGGAAAAAGUUAUCGACCGGCUUGUCCAUCAUGACCAUGUGCUGAUACAACUCACACAGACUGGACUAAAGCCUCGCUCUGGACAAGAAGAUGACAUGCACAAAGAAGCUGACCCAAUUCUUGUUGUACAUCCAAAUUACAUCAUUGACAGUUAG